GUUUUGUUUUCCCUUUUCACAGACCUGUGAAUGACCAUAGACUUGGCUUGACCUUGAUUUUGAUGGCUUUUCUGGAAGAUCUGAUGAUGUGAUUGCAUGUCAUGAGGUGAUUGCUCUCCAGCCUCCAGCCUCCGUGGCUCAGUGUAUAAACCACUUCUGCCACAUGGACAAUUUUCUUUUAAACAAUCCUUUUGGCUACUUUUAUUUUCUCGCUUCUCAUUUCCGCCUUGUUUCUUCUUAAUGUUGGGAGCUUUAUUCUACCCUCUGAUGUGAUUGAUAGUCCUGCUUCUCCGUGCUGCUGAUUUCCAGUUUAAGCUACAAUGGCUCUGAGUGGCAACUGCAGGACUUACCUUCCUUCUCGGGAGCAGGGGACGGGGCUGCACUCCUUCCCCGAGGUGGUGGAGCUCAACGUGGGCGGCCAGGUUUACUUCACUCGCCACUCCACCUUGGUUGGCACCCCUCACUCCCUGCUCUGGAAAAUGUUCACCCCAAAGAGAGACACAGCCAACGAUCUGGCCAAGGACUCCAAGGGAAGAUUCUUCAUCGACAGAGAUGGUUUCCUUUUCCGCUAUAUUCUGGACUAUCUCAGGGACAAGCAAGUGGUUCUGCCCGACCACUUCCCAGAGAAGGGAAGGCUCAAGAGGGAGGCUGAGUACUUCCAGCUCCCGGACUUGGUCAAGCUCCUGACUCCCGACGACAACAAGCAAAGCCCCGACGAUUAUUGCCACAGCGACUACGAAGAGGUGUCCCAGGGCAGUGACACGAGAAUAUGCCCCCCCUCGUCGCUCCUACCGCCGGACCGCAAGUGGGGAUUCAUCACCAUCGGCUACCGUGGCUCCUGCACCAUUGGCAGGGAGAGCCAAGCAGAUGCCAAAUUCAGGAGGGUCCCAAGGAUUUUGGUUUGUGGAAGGAUUUCUUUGGUCAAAGAGGUUUUUGGAGAAAGUUUGAAUGAAAGCAGAGACCCGGACAGGGCUCCAGAAAGGUACACCUCCAGGUUUUAUCUCAAGUUCAAGCACCUGGAGAGGGCUUUUGACAUGUUGUCCGAGUGUGGAUUCCACAUGGUGGCCUGUAACUCCUCAGUGACGGCUUCCUUCGUCAACCAGUACACAGACGACAAGGUCUGGUCCAGCUACACCGAAUAUGUCUUCUACCGCGAGCCCUCCCGCUGGUCCUCGUCCCACUGCGACUGCUGCUGCAAGAACGGCAAGGGCGACAAGGAGGGCGAGAGCGGCACGUCCUGCAACGAGCUGUCCACGUCGAGCUGCGACAGCCAGUCCGAGGCCAGCUCCCCCCAGGAGACCGUCAUCUGCGGGCCCGUCACACGCCAGCCCAACAUUCAGACUCUGGACCGGCCGGCCAAGAAGGGCCCGGUGCAGCUGCUGCAGCAGUCCGAGAUCCGCAGGAAGAGCGACCUGCUCCGGACUCUCACCUCCGGCUCCCGCGAGUCCAACUCCAGCAAGAAAAAAGCAGUGAAGGAGAAGCUCUCCAUUGAGGAAGAGCUGGAAAAAUGUAUCCAGGAUUUCCUCAAAAUCAAAAUCCCAGACAGGUUUCCCGAGAGGAAACACCCCUGGCAAUCCGAACUGCUGCGGAAGUACCACCUUUAGGCUUCGGGCGGGCAGAGCACACGACCUCGUUACGUUAGAGCCAGAUCCUGAGUGACACAGAAGUAAUUCCCAAUAAUAACUAUUUGUUAGGUCGCCAAAACCAAAAUCCAUCUCUAGUACUGCCUAAUUUGCCUAUUUCACCUUAACAUUUCUAGUGGUAGGGGAACGAUAUUUUUGCAGUCCUGGAAGCACAAUGACAAACGCUUUUGUUUGUAAACUUGGAGUCUUACACAAGCUGAAAACCUUAAGGGCGCAGCCAGGCCCACCCCGAGGGACGCUCGUGUGGCCCCGGAGCAGGCAGGGCGGGGUGGCGAGGGCUCCGUGCCCUCUGCACCCUGCUCGGAGCACGCGUGGCUGGAGGGAGGAGCACAGCACAAAGCCCCAGCUCUGCCCCGGCAGUUUAAGCAUGUGUAUUUAUAUAUGUGCAUAUAUAUAUGUGUGUAUAUAUAUCUCUGUGUAUAUAUAUAUAUGUAUAUAUAUAUCAAUAUAUAUUGCUUACGGAUUUUCUGGCUCUCUCCUUAUAACUGCACUUUCUCAGAAAAGAGCAUUUUUUUUUUAGUCUGUGGAUGUCCCGUUUCUUCCCCAGGCCUUCGAGGGCUGAACCGUAGAAAUCCAUCCCCCCUGUCUCUCUCCUGCUCCCCCUGCCAGUCCUUCCCCUCCCCGGGGCACUGGAAAUGUGUCCCAGUGGAGACCAGGGUGCAGUCCCCGGCUUUGUGUCACCAUCAGCAGAGUGUCCCGUUUGUUUGGGGUGCUCUUGUCCCUCCCGUGUUCCCCGAGGCUCUCGGCUGUUCAAGGUGUGCUGGACCCCGCUGGAAGCCGCAGGGAUGGCUCCGGGCUGUGCGGGGAUGCUGGGGGGGGAUGCAGGUGCCAGGUGUGUGUGGCAGGAGCGGCUGUCCCAGCUGGCAGGGACAGCGGGCACCGCGGCCCCUCUGCCCCAGGGAUUGCCCAGCCCA